GGUGCAACGGUAGCUAUGUUGACACCGUGUUCCAUUGCCUCAAACGUUACCUUCCAAUUUUCCAUCCCCUACAUAACUGGUGGCUACCGUCGCUGCUCGAGGGAAAAAGGAAAGAAGAAAAGAAAUCCUAAUUGGCGGAGAAAGAAAGAAGGAGAGGAAGAGCCGCGGUGGCGGAACUUAAUCUACAUGGCCGCCCCUCUUUCCUCUUAUUCCCUUCCCCCUUUCUUCUCUUCCAAAACACGUUCAAUCCCAAAGCUCAAUCUCCUCUUUCCUCCUCCUCUUUCCAUAUCUCCUUCUCGCUCGCUCUCCAUCAUCAACCCUAAAAAAUACAGCAGAACCCAUCUCAUCGCCUUCUCUUCCUCUAAUCCCGACGCCUCUGCUUUCCAUGAUGGGUUCGAUCACAAUCCGGCCCCAUCUGAGAAAUCCGUCCUUGCCAAUCUCAUACAUGAGAUAGAACCAUUGGACGUUAGCCUUAUCCAAAAAGAUGUCUCCCCUACAACUUUGGAUGCCAUGAAAAGGACUAUUUCUGGCAUGUUGGGUUUACUCCCUUCUGAUAGGUUUCAAGUCUUUAUCGAGGCAUUAUGGGAACCUCUCUCCAAAUUGUUGGUUUCUUCUAUGAUGACUGGUUAUACAUUGAGGAAUGCUGAAUAUAGGCUUUGCCUUGAGCGGAACCUUGGUUGUGAAGGAGAUUUGGAAAAUCAAACUUCAGAAAAAUCGACUUUCGAUUUACAAGACAUGUUGCUAGACAGUACAAAAAUAAAUGAACUUUUUGAGAAAAAUGGUUUGUCAUCUGAAUCUGAAGAAACCAGUAAAGAGCAAUUAGAAGAUAUAGACUUUCAAGGCCUGGGUGAAAUGCCCUUGGAAGCUCGUAAAUACAUUCUUCAUUUGAAGUCUCGUCUAACUGCAGUGAAAAAGGAACUCCAUGAAGUAAAGAGGAAGAAUGCUGCUCUGCAGAUGCAACAGUUUGUUGGCGAAGAAAAGAAUGAUUUACUUGACUACUUGAGAUCACUAGAACCAGAAAAGGUAGCUGAGCUUUCUGAACCAACGUCUCCUGAAGUGAAAGACACAAUCCACUCUGUGGUCCACGGUCUCCUUGCCACUCUUUCUCCAAGGAUGCAUUCCAAGAUUCCUCCUUCGUCAGAGAACACUGCAACUGGAACUGUAAAUAUUGGGAGUGAAGAUUGUGCCGAACUUGUUGAGAAUACUUCACUUCAGUUCCAGCCCUUCAUUUCAUUAACGCGGGACUAUCUUGCUCGUCUACUCUUCUGGUGUAUGCUUUUGGGACACUACCUUAGAGGCCUCGAGUAUCGGUUAGAGCUAAUGGAACUUUUAAUGUUGACAAGCAGUCCCGACAAUAACGGCUGUGGUGAUGAGCAGGUUGUUUAGAGUUGCUGUGAUUCCAGUGCUUCCAUCUGCAUAUAUAAAGUUGUUGGUAUUGCUUAUUAAUAUCAUUAGUUGCAUUAAUAAAGGUUGCUUGAACCAUGUUGAAGGAGAUCGUC